AUGGUGACCGGAUUAGUGGUGACAAGUCGUAUAACACACGCAACACCAGCAGCGUUUUCAGCACAUAUAGUUCAUAGAGAUUUAGAAUCAGAAAUUGCCGUGCAUCAAAUUGGUGACUAUCCACUUGGAAGACAGGUUGAUUUAAUGUUUGGUGGUGGGAAAUGUUUCUUUUUACCAAAUAGUAGCGCAAGUAGUUGUAGAACUGAUGACAGGGAUGUGCUAAGUGAUGCUAUAAAUAAAUUUGGAUUUAACUAUUUGUCAACUAGAAAAGAAUUUGAUGAUCUCAAACUGUCAAAAAAAGCACUUCCUCUUCUGGGCUUAUUCAAUUUGGAUGAAAUAUCAGAAUUAGCAAUUUUAUAUUUAAGUAUUACGAAAAUAACAAUUGUCAUCAAAG